UGCCAGCGCUACUGGCCAACCACGCCCCUUAUUUGUGCCAAAGCCCCGCCCUUCUAGCUUAGCUGGAGCGCCAUCUUUAGGAAGGGUAUGACAUAUCGCUAGAGAGCUGAGCGCUCGCUCUCACGACACACUGGAGAUCCACAGUGCCCUCACAAGACAUGGCUGCAGCGGAGUAGCGCAUGGCCCUGAUGUCACGUGUGUUCUCCUUUCGGGAUUGGACGACGCUAAUCACUCCCGCCAUUGAAUGAAAAGUGACUGUUGCCUGAGGAGAAAGGAGCUCUGGGCCGACUUUUGUGCUUGACAUUAUCUGCUUGGCGGGAAGUCCCGAUCUGAGCAUGGCUACCUCCACCCCCAGCCGUCAGGUACCCCCUGUAGCACAGUCCCCCUCCCGGGGGGCUCGCACCCCUCUCUCGCCGACUCGUAUCAGCCGCUUGCAGGAGAAAGAAGAGCUGCGGCAUCUCAAUGACCGCCUGGCAGUCUAUAUAGACCGGGUGCGAUCUCUGGAGCUGGAGAAUGACCGGCUAAUGGUGAAGAUAUCCGAGAAGGAGGAGGUCACCACCCGGGAGGUCAGUGUAAUCAAAGAUCUUUAUGAGUCUGAGCUUGCUGAUGCUCGAAAAGUUCUGGAUGAGACGGCGAAACACAGGGCUAAGCUGCAGAUAGAGCUCGGGAAGUAUCGUUCUGACUUUGAUGAGCUAACCAAAAAUUUUAAGAAAAAGGAUGCUGACCUGGUUAAUUCACAACAUCGCAAUAGGGAACUGGAGGCCUUGCAUUUCAGAAGUGAGGCAGAGCUUACGGCCACCAUAGAGGAGAAGCGGAAGCUGGAGACCGAAGUGGCUGAUUUGCGUGCUCAACUUGCUAAGGCAGAAGAUGGUCAUGCUGUUGCCAAGAACCAGUUGGAAAAGGAGACUUUGAUGCGUGUUGAUAUGGAGAACCGCUGCCAGAGUCUGCAGGAAGAGCUUGAGUUCAGAAAGAACAUAUAUGAAGAGGAAUUCCGAGAAACCAGGAACCGUCAUAAGCGUAGCUUAGUAGAAGUGGAUAAGGGCGGCAAAUAUGACUACGAGUCCAAACUGGCACAAGCUCUAGAUGAGCUCAGGAAACAGCACGAUGAGCAAGUCAAGCUCUACAAAGAAGAGCUGGAGCUGACCUAUCAAGCUAAGUUGGAUAAUAUCAAGCGUUCCUCUGACCAUACUGAUCAAGCUGCUGAGGCUGCCCAUGAGGAGCUGAUGGAAGCGCGAAUGAGAAUUGAGACACUAGGCUACCAGCUGUCUGGUCUUCAGAAGCAGUUCAAUGCAGCAGAGGAUCGUACCCGUGAACUGGAGCAAUUGUUGUCCAGUGAUCGUGAGAAGUACCGAAAAAUGCUGGAUGGUAAAGAGAAAGAGAUAGCUGCAAUGAGGGACCAUAUACAGCAACAACUGACAGAAUAUCAGGAACUACUAGAUGUUAAAUAUGCUCUGGACAUGGAGAUUAGUGCUUACCGCAAGCUGCUAGAGGGAGAAGAGGAGAGGCUAAAACUGUCACCAAGUCCACAAUCCCGUGUUACAGUGUCAAGGGCCACCUCAAGCAGCAGCUCCUCUGCUGUCCGCCAGUCUCGUAGCAAACGAAAACGCGUUGAUGAACGUGUGGAAGGUGACACUAUCCAGUCUUCAAGCAGUUGGGCCAGGCACUCCUCUCGUGAGACUAGCACUGCUGCUGAAGGGGAGGAUGCUGGUGAUAGAGGAAGCAGCAAAUACCAUGUAUCACAGCAAUCGUCUGCAACUGGCAGUGUCUCUAUAGAGGAAUGUGGCAACGAAGGAAACUUUAUUCACCUGAAGAACAGCUCCGAUAAGGAUCAGCCUCUAGGUAGCUGGAGACUAAAAGUGAAAGUUGGAGACCAGGAAGAAAUAGUAUACAAGUUCACACCAAAGUAUGUGCUGAAAGCAGAGCAGUCUGUUAAGAUAUAUAGUGCUGAUGCGGGCGUGGCUCAUAGCCCUCCUUCUGUGUUGGUUUGGAAAAACCAAAGUUCUUGGGGAACUGACGCCAACAUCAGGUUCUGUCUGGUAAAUGGUGAAGAUGAGGAAUUGGCAGUGAGAGUUGUAUCAACAUCUGUCCUGACCACUGUAGAGGAAGAGGAAGACGCUGAAUUCGGGGAGGAAGAUCUUUUUCAUCAGCAGGGUGAUCCCCGCACAAAAUCAACAAGCUGUUCUGUAAUGUAAUUGCCCAGCAUUGUUCUUUCUUUUACUGCCAGUGCCACUGAAGUCUCUAUUUUUAUACCUAUGAAAAAGGUUAUUUUCUUUUAUUAAGGUAUCUUUUAGUUAUUUCAUGUAAACAGCAAUCUACUGCCAGUCAUGUUUGCAAAGGUUUUUAUUUCUGAUUUUAUAAACACUAUCUCCCAGGUCAGGGAUAUUAUUUCUUUUUGUUUUACUAUGGCAGAUAUAGUUUUAAUGUGUGGCUGCAGAAAAGGGUGCACUUAUUUUAUUGGUUAUUUUCCAUUUGGCUAACUGUGCCACUUAAAGAAUAGUUA